GCUGCCUGUUUACGGCAUCUGCAUCUCUGGGAGUGGUGAAGAAGAAGAGGAGGAGGAGGAGGAGGAGGAGAAGUUGCCAGCAUGGCGUUCACUCUGUACACUCUCAUCCAGACCGCUAUCCUGUGCACUAAUGCAGUGGCUGUGUUACACGAGGAGAGGUUCCUCAGUAAGAUCGGCUGGGGUGUUGACCAGGGAGUUGGAGGUUUUGGGGAUGAUCCAGGAGUCAAAGCCCAAGUCCUCAAUCUCAUCCGCUCAGUCCGGACUGUCAUGAGAGUGCCUUUGAUAAUAGUGAACUCUGCCUGCAUUGUUCUGUUGUUACUGUUUGGUUGACAUCGAAGGCCAAAAUAAAGCCGGAGCAGCACCAGACAUUUGCAGAGGAACAGCCACAAAUGCACACACACACAGAAAUAUCUGUCAUUCAGAGACUUCAGCCUUUGCCGAUCAUCAAGCAAAGGGGAAAAACCUCCCACGUGGCUGACAUGGAAAUAGAAAACGUAAAAAAUCAACCUGCAGAUGUUCAAGAACUGACCCGUCACCCGGUUGGAAAUAAGGCGUGUGUGGAUUUCCUAAGCUGCUCGUCAGUGUAACACCAAAAGGACAAAAUAAAAAUAAUUCUUGAAGCCUAACCGCACACUAGAAGAUGAUUAUCAUGUCAUCCUAGAGUGUCUGUCCUCACCUUCAUCGUCAUAUGUUCAUAUGACACAUUGAGUGUGUCACAUCUUUUAUCAUGUAACAAAUGAGAAACUUGUUAAAGACGUGUUGACAUCAGUACAGCUGGACAAUUUGGAAAUAUUCAUUAUGUGUCAUUACAUGUCUAUCCAGGGCUAUGGUGUGUUUUUUUAAAAAUUAUUACACAAAGUGUUUUUAUGGCUUCUAAUUUGUAAUUAAGAUUUUAAAUGUAAAAGAUUUACAAUAUUGCUACCACUGUGUAGGGAAAUAAAAGUUACUCAAACUAUGUGAACAAACUGUCAAAUUAUGAAAAUGUUCCAUUUUUCUUCUCAUAACAAUGUGGUGUGAUGUGAUGGGCAGAACUUUAAUCCUGGUUAGUUGAACAUUAUUUUAUGCACGAGA